AUGCAGUCCGCUCCCACAAUGCUCACAAAGGUUCACCUACCAAAUUCAAGUAUGCAAAGGCCAUGGCUUUUAGUCUCCCUUCACUCCUCCACCAUACAACUAUGGGACUAUAGAAUGGGCACACUGAUUGAUCGAUUUGAAGAACAUGACGGUCCUGUUAGAGGGAUUGACUUCCACAAAACACAACCACUGUUUGUAUCAGGAGGUGAUGAUUACAAAAUCAAAGUCUGGUCAUAUCAAACUAGGAGAUGCCUCUUCACGCUCAGCGGGCAUCUAGACUAUGUUCGCACUGUUUUCUUCCACCACGAGCAUCCGUGGAUCAUUUCAAGUUCCGAUGACCAGACAAUUCGUAUUUGGAACUGGCAGAAUCGAUCGUUAAUUUGCACAAUGACGGGCCACAACCAUUAUGUUAUGUGUGCGCAGUUCCAUCCCAAAGAGGAUCUAAUCGUCUCCGCCUCCCUCGAUCAGUCCGUCCGAGUUUGGGAUAUUUCUGGCCUCCGAAAGAAACACUCGGCCCCCACUAGUUCAAUGAGCUUCGAGGAUCAACUCGCCCGCGCUAGCCCUGCUCAAGCUGAUAUGUUCGGAAACACUGAUGCUGUUGUUAAAUUUGUGCUCGAAGGCCAUGACCGUGGGGUUAACUGGGUGGCGUUCCAUCCCACUCUCCCAUUGAUUGUUUCCGCAGGAGAUGACCGUUUGGUGAAACUCUGGAGAAUGAGCGGUAGGGCGAUCCUUGGAAUCGACUACACCAAGGCGUGGGAGGUCGAUACCUGUCGUGGACACUUUCAGAACGCGUCUGCUUGUUUGUUCCAUCCGCACCAAGAUUUGAUAUUGUCCGUCGGCGAGGAUAAAACCAUCCGUGUUUGGGAUCUGAAUAAGCGAACAUCCGUUCAAUCAUUCAAGCGGGAUCUGGAUCGUCUUUGGGUAAUUGCCGCACACCCAGAAAUCAACUUAUUCGCUGCCGGGCAUGACACUGGCGUGAUGGUGUUUAAACUCGAACGCGAACGGCCUGCAUCCACCAUGCAUCAGACCCAGCUAUUUUACAUCACGAAGGAGAAACAUCUGAAAUGUUAUGAUUUUGUUAAGAAAACAGAGUCACCACCUAUGCUUUCGCUAAGGAAGCUGGGUAGCCCAUGGGUACCUCCAAGGACUCUCUCUUAUAAUGCGGCAGAACGGGCCAUUUUAGUGACUUCACCUACCGACAACGGCACCUAUGAGCUUAUUCAUAUCCCAAAGGAUUCGACGGGGGCAAUUGAGCCAACUGAUUUAAAGAAAGGCCAUGGAACAGCGGCUAUUUUCGUCGGCCGCAAUAGGUUCGCCGUUUUCAACCAGCCGACCCAACAACUUGAUAUUAAGGAUUUGAACAAUUCCGUCUGUGAAACUAUUAAACCUCCCCCUGGAACCUCUGACAUUUGUGAUGGAGGGCAAGGAUUCCUGCUUUUCCUCACUCCGACUACAGUUGUGCUUUACGAUAUCCUGCAAAAACAACAAGCGGCUGAACUGAGUAUAAGCGGUGUUAAGUACGUGGUCUGGUCAAAUGACGGGCAACAUGUUGCACUCCUAAGCAAACAUAAUGUGGUCAUUGCUACAAAGAAGCUGGAACAUGUAAGCACGUUGCAUGAGACCAUCCGUAUCAAGAGUGCUUGUUGGGAUGACAGCGGUGUCCUUUUAUAUUCAACCCUCAAUCACAUCAAAUAUUCUCUGCUUAAUGGUGACAAUGGUAUUGUACGGACACUUGACACCACAAUAUAUCUAAUUCGGGUGAAAGCCAAAAAUGUCUACUGCUUAGACAGAAGUGCUCAACCCAUUAUUCUAGAAAUUGACCCUACAGACUAUCGGUUUAAGCUGGCAUUGGUGAAACGCAACUACGAUGAAAUGUUGCAAAUCAUUAAGACCUCCAGCCUUGUGGGCCAAAGCAUAAUCUCGUAUCUACAGAAGAAAGGCUACCCCGAAAUUGCUCUGCAAUUCGUGCAAGAUCCCCAGACUCGUUUCGAACUAGCACUAGAAUGCGGUAACAUCGACGUUGCGAUCGAAAUGGCGAAGCAACUUGAUCGUCCAAAAUUAUGGUCGCGGUUAGGAGCUGAAGCUCUGGCUCACGGAAAUCACCAAACUGUAGAGAUGACGUACCAGAAGCAGCGGAAUUUCGACAAGUUGUCAUUCCUCUAUUUGGCGACGGGUGACCAGGAGAAGUUGAAUCGAAUGGCAAAGAUUGCAGAACACCGAGGCGAUUUUACUUCACGAUUCCAGAAUGCCAUUUACCUCGAUGACGUUGAGAACAAGAUACAAAUGUUCAAAGAACUAGGCCUCUCAAAGUCCCACGGACUUACCGAAGAAGCCGAAGCGAUUCUCGAGGCGAGUGGCCUCACAGAAGAUCAAGUCAAAUUACCCACGCUCGGCGAACCUCAGGAGCUUCCCAAAGUCGUCAUCCCAACAUUCAAGUCCAACUGGCCUGUAAAAGCUACGUCUCAUUCUGCAUUUGAAAAACUGCUUGCGGCCGAAGAAGAAGAAGGUGUAGAAGAAGACGAAGCAAAUGGGUUUGAAGAUGAGGGCGAGCCUGCUGAGGAAGUGGAAGUGGAUGACGAAUAG